AUGGCGACCGACGGCUCAUACAAAAAGACGCUACUCCCUCUCCUCUUGAAGGCUUCAGUACUAUCCUUUGGUUCAUACACACUCAAAUCCGGCCGAGUGUCGCCUUACUUCUUCACCUCGUCCCUUCUACACACGUCAGUAUUACUGGGUGCGCUGGCGCGGGCCUACGCAUCGGUCUUGACAUCUCCGCCCUUCUCUCUGCCUUUAGCAACCGAAGAAGCUGGCUCCGAAGCGGACGGGAAAUCCUCUCCUCAGUUCGACAUUCUCUUCGGCCCGGCGUACAAGGGGAUCCCGCUGGCGGCGAUUGUGGCGCGGGAAUUGGAGUUCAGCGGCAAACAUUUUGAGGGUGUUUCAUAUUCCUUCAACCGAAAGGAAGCCAAGGACCAUGGAGAAGGUGGCAUCAUAGUGGGAGCGCCGCUGAAAGGGAAACGAGUCGUGGUCAUCGACGAUGUCAUGACCGCAGGAACUGCUCUACGGGAAGCCAUUUCGAUCAUCAAGGCCCAAGGCGGGAUUGUGGUCGGAGUGGUGCUCCUGUUGACACGACAAGAGCGCGUCAGCGAGACCGAGCCAAGAAGUGCCAUGAAGGUUGCAGAGGACGAACUCGGCAUUCCUGUGAGAGCAGUGCUGAAGUUUGAGGAUCUGAUCGAGGCAAUUGAGGCCGGUCAAAUCGAAGGUGCUGGCCCAGAACAAUUGGAGCAGAUGAAGGUCUAUCGUGAGAAAUACGGGAGCAAAGAUUGA